AUGAUUCAGAAACUAGAAGGGCCCGGGAAAAAAAGUCAUCACGCCCCACCAAAAGUUGACGACUUGCGAUGUACUCACUUUCGUUUGAUGACACAAGAGUCCAUGGUGGCGCUUCAUCACAAAGGCGAAACACCCAUUGCCUCUUUGACGAAGCCAGACGGCUCGGCUGGUAAAAUACUGAUUUUGAACUCAGCGACUACAUUUGAUAUGCUAUCCGAGUAUCACCUCACACUUUUAAACCAUCAAGCUUAUGCAGAACAUCAUCAUUAUGCAUAUGUUUUAGCACUAGUCAAACCUGUAGAACUCCGUGGACGCUCUGCAAAAUUUGCAAAGCAUCUUGCUAUGGGCACACAGCUAGCUCAAGCAUGGAUACCAGGUCGCCCAUCCUGGGACACAGUAUGUCACAUGGACCUAGAUGCAUGGCAUGCAAGUUGGGCGCCGUUUAGCUCUUAUGGAGCAAUGUGGCCAUCCAACAAAGACUUAUUGCUUGGUGAUACUGGGCAAAUCUGGCUGAAUACAGGUUUGAUGUGUGCACGGCCAACGAGAUGGGCAUUACGUUUCUUUGAUCGCGUGAUCAAUGCCGUCUUCCUAUAUGAAAAAAUGCAUGAUGACUCAGAGCUAAAUGAAGACCAUCCUCUUCGUGAAGACACUAAGAAUUUUGUUGCUCUGGGCUUCAAACGCGAUCAACCUGCAGUUUGGCAUGUUUUGUCCCAAACAUGGGCAGAAGAAGCCGAGGUUCCAUAUAAAGGACCGGAUUGCACGGUUUGGGCACAUGCGUGCAACCCAGACGAGAAUCCGCUUGAGUGUUGGCACUGGUGUCACUGGGAUGCUUUACAGCGCACAGGUUUAAAAAGAUGGGCAUUUGCAAGUAAAUCAGCCAGUAGAUGGAAAGGAUUAGGUGAUGUAAAUGGACUCACGCAUCUCCACCUUGCGUCACGGGGCGCAGUUCCGGCAGUGAUAAGCACAGGUCUAGCAAACAAGAGGUCAGCCGCUUUGCACCGUAUGUGUCUACGUUCUUGUCAUAGUGUGCUUGCGCGGGCUUCGAUGAGUCUAUGUUCUCUGAUAUUAGGAGGUUCUUUUUGCUGGCCAAAAGAUGUUGAUAAAAUGAGUCUUUGUGAUGGAAAAGGCUGCCUGAUGCAGAUGAUUGACGGUGGAGGAGGAUGGAUCAAACACACCGGACAUCAGCACUGGCGAGAUAUUCUUCCCAUGUGCGUGCCCACGUCAGCGGCUGAGGCGUUGCAGGCACACGGAGACGUCCUUUCUUUUUGUGAUAGUAGGAAACACAUGGACAAAAUAUCGCCGUGA